AUGUUCGACAGCGCGGACUUCAAGGUGCUCGUGUGCACCGCCAGUUUUGCAUGCUAUCUUAUCUACAAGCAAUUUGAACCUAACAGCCUCUUGGUCCAUGCUGUCCUGCUGUUAGGUGUGCCCACCCUUCUGGCUUGGCAGCUCAGUUCCCAGUUGUCAGUUCUUCAGCAGAUUGGCGCUGCAGUAUCCUAUUGGUGCCUAAUCCUCGCAUUCACGGCACUCUACCGUCUCUCACCCAUCCAUCCUCUGGCGAAAUAUCCUGGGCCGACAUUUGGGAAACUCAGUAAGAUUUAUGUGGCCUACCUUGUCGCACGCGGAGACCUCUAUCGCGCCAUCAAGGACUGGCACGAGCGGUAUGGUGAUGUAGUCCGCAUUGGUCCCAAUGAGCUUUCUUUCCGCCGCGUUGAUGCUGUCCAGCCUAUCUAUGGUGCGAAAACCAUGCCCAAGGGCCCAUAUUAUGAUACUCGGACGACCCCUGAUGGAGUCUGCCAGCUCGAUGGCGUCCGCGACUUCUCCGUUCAUGGUUUGCGUCGAAAGCCCUGGGUGAGGGCCAUGAGCAGCACAGCCCUGAAAGGCUAUGAACCGAUCCUGCAUACAAAAACGCUAGAACUCAUGGAGGAGUUGUCGAAAAGACAGGGAGAGAAGAUUGACAUUUCUCACUGGUUAAAUCUAUUUGGUUUUGAUUUCUUGGGUCUUAUGGCGUUUGGCCGCGAAUUCGGCAUGGUCAAAUCGGGUGAGGACCAUCUAGGUCUACUUCAUAUUGUGGAGGAGGGAAUAUUCGCCUUUGCCGUCAUCUCUCACACGCCCUGGAUCUAUCCGUUCAUCAAGCACAUUCCUGCGCAAGGCCCGAAGGCCAUGCAACUCUUGGGAGCUUCGUGCGUGCGAGAGAGAACGAGCAAAGGUUCGACAUCAAAAGACUUGUUCUACUUUUUGACUGAGGACGAAGGCGCAGCACAAAGUGGCGCUACACCGGACGAGAUCACCGCCGAUGGCAUGCUGGCGGUCAUUGCAGGAUCGGAUACAACAUCAACGGUGUUGGUCCAUCUUUGGUACUUCAUGCUGCGUCACCCAGAAUGUGCGGAGAAACUUCACAAGGAGAUCGAUGUGACGUUCCCGCCGGGUGAAGAUCCUUUGGAUUUCUCGCGCCACGCGGAUAUGCCCUACCUGAAUGCCUGCAUCAACGAGACACUUCGCCUGCUCCCGCCGGUUCUUGGUGGUCUCCAGCGCACCGUAAAGCGCGGGUCUGGUGGUGCAAUGAUCGGCUCUUACUUCGUACCCGAGAGCACGCAAGUCUCCGUGCAUAUAUUCUCCCUACAACGCGACCCGCGUGAAUUCUCGCCGUUACCCGACGACUUCUGGCCGGACCGCUGGCUCACACAAGACUCUUACACCCUGCCCACCGGCGACGUCAUCAACAAGGAGCAGGUCACCACCAACCGCGCUGCAUUCGAUCCUUUCUCUUUCGGCCCCCAGAACUGUGCGGGCAAGGCCCUCGCCAUGGUCGAGAUGCGCGUGGUAGCGUGCGCGAUGAUGCACAAGUUCGAGCUGCGUGAGUCGAAAGAGUACGACUUGAAUCAGUGGGAGAAGGAUCUACUCGAUACGUAUGUCACGCUGAGGGGGAAACUGCCGGUGAUCCUCGAACAGAGGCAAGGGCACUAA